AUGGCAGUUCAGGAAAGCAGUGCUUCUGUGGAUGAUCAUGUAGAUGAAGAGAGUUGUGGUCCACUACUAAUACAGAAGCUGGAAGAGGGACUUCAUUGGUCACCGUUUUCAGACUCACUACAUUUAGAAGUUCGAGGUCAUCUAAUUGUACUCUAUAAGAAAGGUGUGGCGUAUUUGAAAAACGUUCGCACAUCUAAGGGAUAA